AUGCCUUUAGCCAACCUCGGCCAGGCUUAUAGCAGCGUGCUGUCCUACGUCACAGUGCUGGGUCAGCAGCAGAGGUUCCGCGUCCGCCCCUUCAACACCAGCGUCAUUGAGGGGGAAAGCGCGACGCUGCGCUGUGAGGUGGACCAUCAGGCCGGUAGGCUACAGUGGGCCAAGGACGGCUUCGCCAUGGGCUACUCCCGUUCACUGCCCGGUUACCACCGGUACCGUGUGGUGGGCGACGCCGACUUGGGGGUGCACGACCUGGAGCUCACCAACGCGACCCUGGAGGACGAGGGCCGCUUCCAGUGUCAGGUGUCUCCCGACGGAGGUCAACCGGCCAUCCGGGUGGACGCCUACCUUACAGUGCUCUUGAAACCCGUUUCUGUGCGGCUCCGCUCUCAUCACUGGCUGCCCGUGCCGUCGGGUUUGAUGCAAGUACGACACGACCAAAACAUCACGCUCGAAUGUGACGUCACUGGGGCUAAGCCGGCCUCUGGCGUGCUGUGGCGGCGCAACGGCGUCGACCUCGAUCAAGAGUCUGUGCACGAGGUCAUGCACACGUCCUCUCUGCGACGCCGGAGCAACACGACGUCGGCCAUAUCGUUCCGGGCGACCUCGGCCGACGACGGCGUCGACAUCUCGUGCCUGGCCCAGCACCCUGCAGUGGCGGAGGCCGAGCAGCGCCGGUACACGGCCAGCCACACCCUCUCCGUGCUGUUCGGGCCUGAGCGGGUCAGGGUAUGGGGGACGACCGAGGCGAAGGAAGGGGACACGGUGCACAUGAGCUGCGUCACCUCUGGCAGCAACCCGCCAGCCAACAUCACGUGGUUCCUUGACAGCCACCCGGUGGCUCAGGCGAGCCACAUCGUGCGUCUGGCGGCGGCCGGCGGCUGGACGACAGCCUCCAACAUGUCGACGGUGGUGCCACCCGGCACCCGGCGCGACCUCCAAGUCUCCUGCCGCGCCUCCAACAGGGCCCUUGACGUAACCGAGGUCGGCUCGGCCGCCGUCUCGGUGCUCUGUGAGUGA